AGAAGAACAAUGCUCUUAUUGACAACCUGGUUCAGACCACUGUGUCAGAGUAUGACCUGGGAGGAGAAGGAGAUCUAUUUAAAGCUCCAGAACCUAUCAUAGAAGAACCUGUAAUAAGCCUUGAUCCCAUGACAGCUGCCAUUUCAAUGAUGUCUUGUGGGGAAGAUGGCAUGUCUCCCCAGACAAUCAAAGUCACCGAUAUUGAAUCAAUUCAAAUUGAACACCUGUUAAGUGAGUUCUUCUAUGAGUGCGAGAAGGAUAUGUUGGAAAAAUCCCGCAUGGAGGAAUCAUUUCCAGAGGUCCUGGAUGUCAAGAUUCCUGCUGUCCAGGUGGAGGGGGAUCCAACAGCAGAGAAAAAUAGGUUGACUUCAGCGAUUCAAAUCCCGAAAAGUGUUAGUUUUGAGUGUUUGAGCUCUAUUGACCAGGUUCAUGGGGGUGCCAUAAGACCAAACUUUCUGGAUUUUCGGGGAGUAGAUUUUGAAACCGCCUGUGGGAUGCGCAGGGCUUUCAGUGAGGGCGAUAUACAGCUUCUUGGUAAUGGGAAUUCGAGCUCCAUUCAUUCACACUUUGAGCGCCCAGUAACCAUUGGCAACUAUACCAUUGAAGAACGCCGGCAAAGGCUUUCCAGAUAUAGGAAGAAAAAGACAAAGAGGAAUUUUGGCCGGAAAAUUAAGUAUGCUUGCAGGAAAGCAUUGGCUGACAGCCAGCCAAGAGUACGAGGAAGGUUUGCUAAGACUGAGGAAUCCGAAGUUCCAAAGAGUUAGGAAGGCUGUAAAUUUGGCACUAAGAAACUAGGUUUCUCUUUCAUGAAGAAUAAAAGAAAA